UUAAUCUACAUCUUAUUUUAGAAGUAAGUGUAACUUAGCUUUCUACUCUAGACUAAUAUUACAACCUUAUUGUAGCCCAGCACUACAUCGUUCUACUGUAAUCUAGCAUUACACCCUUCUAUUGAAGCCCAAUACUAUACCCUUUUAUCCACCUACAAAUGGCAGUAUAAUGGUGGCAAAAGUUCUUCAAGGUAGUUGAACACAUGCUAUUUUCCACCUUUCCUCUGCCAGGCAACACAGUACUCUCAUACCCCGUGUUCUCUACGACUUGCCCAAAUAACACAAAAAAAAAUACCAACAUAAUUUAGAGGGACCCUCAAACUCGAUGCAAGCUAUAUGAGUAGGGCUGGACGCAUGUCAAGGAGCGAGAUCCGCCGAAACGUCAAACAGCAUCACAUCGCUAAUUCUGAGUUCUCCCUCGGCCGUCAUCCUUUUCCGCCCGCGCAAUGCUUCGCCUUCUCCACGCUCGGCUGCUCCAUAGCGUUACUGCUGCUCCUCCCCAUUUCCUCCCACACCCAUUCCCUCAGCCUUUCUCCCACAUCUCCCUCGCACCAAACGAUUCACCAUCCCUGACGGUCCAUUUCCUCGAGAAAUCAUGCGGCCUCUCCUCCGAAGCCGCCCUCUCCGUGGCCACCAGAAUCCAGCUCAAGACCACGAAGAAUUCCCACUCUGUGCUCGCCCUCCUCAAACACUUCGGCUUCUCCAAGCCCGACAUCGCCCGCCUCAUCUCCCGUCGCCCCCGGCUCCUCCUCGCCAGCCCCGACAAAACCCUCAAGCCCAAGCUGGAGUUCUACCGGGACAUCGGUCUCUCCGGCGCCGACCUCGCGAAGCUCCUCUCUGGAAUUCCCGGCCUUCUGCUGUGGAGCUUGGAGAAGCGACUGCUCCCAAACUUCCAUCUCCUCAAGCCCUUGCUCCAUACCAACGAGAACGUCAUCUCAGCUGCGAGGAAUUCUCCUCGUUUGCUUAUCUCUGACCUCCCCAAGCUGUUGCUUCCCAAGAUUGAGAGUUUGAAGAACUACGGCGUGCCGCCGGCUGUAAUCUUCACACUGCUCACCACCCACCCGAAAUCUCUGAUAGAAAAAGCCGAUCACUUCGAGGAGACCUUCGCCGCAAUCAAGGAUAUGGGGAUUAGUCCUUCGAGUUCCAUGUUCGCCCAUGCAUUCGGGGUGCUCUCUAAAUUGCCUAAGACAACAGUGAACAGGAGGUUGGAGAAUUACUUGAGCUUAGGCUGGUCGCAGGAGCAAGUCUUUUGGGCGUUUGCCAAGCAUCCAUACUGCAUGUCGGCGUCGGAUGACAAGGUGAGGAAGAACAUGGAGUUCUUCGCGGAGAAGCUCAGAUGGGGGCCGGACUAUGUGUCGGCGAAUCCGGUGCUUCUGUCGCUCAGUUUCGAGAAGAGGAUUGCUCCAAGGUGUUUGGUCUUGGCAAUUCUAGCGUCCAAGGGCCUGGUGAAGCGUGGUGUGAAAGCGCGGCACUUGAUGAUGGGGGAGAAGAAGUUCCUUGAGGAUUAUGUGACCAAGUACCAGGGUGAAGUCCCGGAAGUUGUUGAUGCUAUGGAGGGCAACAAGUUGGGACUGCUGGGCUUGGAGAUGGGAAACCUGGGAGCUGAUGGGAAUGAGCAUUUUGAUGCAGCUUAAACAGCAAUGCCUCAAACUCCUCUUCAUUUCAUUGAUGUCUUUCUGAUUCCUUUCAGCGGUGAACUGCAACAGCAUAAAGAGGUUUUUGGGAAGAUCAAGGUACCAGAGUAAGGAUUACUUGUGGUUAGCUUCAAAAGGAAAGGUUCUUACAGCUGCCAUCUUGAGAAAAAGUUCCUGGCCUCGGACUCCAUGUGUGCUGAGUUAUGAUAUGCUAAGCGGCAGUGGGAGAAUUUCAGCGCAAGAUUAAAUGGAAAGCAAGAGAUCCAAAUCUCUUCUUUUGGGGGUUUUUGGAGACUGAAGAGGAUUAAGAAGAAACACAGUGGGUUGGGAUAUUCUAUUUGCUGCAGUAUGGUGGAAGCUUGGAAGGAGCAUGAUGCAGGAAUUUUGAAUUUUGAAGCUAAGUUUUCAUUUGUUAACCUCAGAAAUUUGUGCAAUUUGGUUGGAGUAGCCUUCUGUUUUGGAAAUAUUAUAAGGACAUCUUGCAUUUCAAAUCUUUGUUAUUUUAGCAGCCUGUAAGUCUCUCUACUGUACUUGAAUUUCAUAUGCAUGACUGAAAUCUUGAUGGGUGCCCCAUUUUCUCAAGAAAGAAAAUAGUAAUAAAUGAUGAUGAUGAUGAUGAUGA